CACUGCACAUGCGCGGCUCUCCUGGAGCGUGCAGCGCGGCGAUCCAGGGAAAGAGCCGAAGAUGUCGGCUCGGUCAUGUGAUCAUCUGUGUCCAAUCCCAGCUGAUCGCAUUGUAGCCCCAGAAGUGCCACCUGUCAGUGUCCAUUAGUGCCAGCUCUCAGUGCUCAUCCAUGCCACCUGCCAGUGCCCAUCAGUGCCACAUCAAUGCCACAUAUCAGUGCCUACCAGUGCACAUCAAUGCCACAUAUCAGUGCCCAUCUGAGCUGCCUUUCAGUGUCACCCAUCAGUGCCAGUCAGCGCCACCUAUCAAUGCCAAUCAGUGCCCGUCAGUGUCGCCUAUCAGUGCCAGUCAGUGCCACCUAUCAGUGCCAGUAAGUGCUGCCUAUAGAUGCCGCCUAUCAGUGCCAGUCAGUGCCGCCUAUCAGUGCCACCUAUCAGUGCCAUAUAUCAGUGCUGCCUUUCAGUGCCCAUCAGUGAUGCCUGUCAAUGACCAUCAGUGCCACCUACCAAUACCUCCUCAUCAGUGCCCAUCAGUGCCAUCUAUCAGUGUCCAUCAGUGCAGCCUAUCAGUGCCCAUCACUGCAGUCUCAUUAGCGCACAUCAGCGAAGGAGAAAAAUCACUUAUUUACAAAAUUUUAUAACAAAAACUAAGAAAAAACAUUUUUUUUUCAAAAUUUUCAGUGGUUUUUUGGUUUAAGAAAAAAUGA